AUGGAAGCAAGACUAAAACACGAAUUUCCGGUUAGAUUGCGAUUUUUUAAAACUUUAGGUGCCCUGGAUUUGAAAUUUAUGGAAGCACAAAAUUCCGAACACAUUGACAGAAUUUCUGCGAAUUUUCGUUGUUGCAGCCGGAGGGCGGCGCACUGCGAGCCGCCGCCAUGUUGGCGGAUGUUCUGGAAACGCGGGAAGCGUUACCAGCUUCCGCGCCGACGCACUUCCGGCCUGCACUCGUUAUUAGCAGCUGGUACAAGGGCGAAGGGUUAUUGCUGUCGUUUAGUCUUCCACAUGACUUUAAUGUGUUGGACUCGGCGGCGUCAAGUUUCCGCUCGACGUGUGAAAUAA